AUGCCUCCGCGAUCCCUCGCUAUGUCUCCGUCGAUGAUGCCUGUCAUCUCUAUCCCUAUGGCCAUCAUCUCUCUGUCUCUCUCUGUGCCUCUCUCCCUGCCUCCCCCUGUCCGACGGCUCUCUUUUCUUCUUCUCCGUUUCAUUCAUGGCCACUUGUACACCCUUCCUCACGACUUCCUGCCUCACACUAUUCGGGUGCUUCUGCCCCAGAAACCCAUCUACAAGCGCCGAUCCAAGUGA